UUGGUUCAGGCCUCGAAAACAGCCUUCAGGAUCUACAAUGGCGACCAGGCCUUGAAUACGCACCAUGACAAAUAUAACCUAAUUCCGUAUGUUCGGCGAAGAAAGACAACGUUUACUAGAAAAUUGAACUAAACGAACAAAUAUUACGUCUCGGUCUGGAACCCUGACUUAAAGCAGUUAAUAGAAUGGACCAGUGUGGAGAUGUGCUGAACUUUCAAAUGCAAGACUCAAAGCUUUCCCACACAGUCAUUAUGCAGGACUUUGUGGCAGGGAUGGGCGGCAUGGCCCACAUCGACGGAGACCACAUCAUCGUGUCCGUCCCCGAGGCCGUGCUGGUGUCGGACGUGGAGACGGACGAGGGCUUCGCCUUCGAGCAUGAGCUGGUGUCCGAGGUGGUGGAGGGGCCGGACAUUUGCUGCGGCGACGGGUCCGUGGAGGCGGACGGCAUCUCUCUCGGCGAGUCCGUCCUGGGGGCCGACGUGGCCAUCGAGGAGGUCUUGGACUCCAACCACCACGUGCUGACAACGGGCCUCAUGGAGGAAUCGGCCGGCGUUCCCCACCAGGUCUUCGAGAUGGUCUCGGAGGAGGUCCUGGUCUCCAACUGCGACUCGGAGACGUUUGCCCACGAGGAGCAGGAGGACAUGGCAGACUCUGUCGUCACCGGCCACUCUGAGGAACAGGACGACGAGGACGAGAGGAGCGCCUCGGAAGACUACCUCAUGAUCUCUCUGGAUGAUGUUGGGGAGAAGCUGCACAUGGAGGGUUCCCCUCUCAAGCUGAGCACUGGGGUGUUGCAGGAGGAGGACAGCUCUAAAGAGGGAGACGACUCCGAGGUCAUCAAAGUGUACAUCUUCAAAGCCGAGACUGAUGAUGACGUGGACAUCGGUGGAACGGAGAUCGUGGCGGAGAGCGAUUUCCAGAACGGCCAUGCUGUGCUGGAACAAGGAAGUAUGGGAAAGAUGUCGAGGGAGAAGAUGGUGUACAUGGCUGUGAAGGACCCAUCUCAGGAGGAGGCGGACAUGAACUGCAGCGAGAUGGCUGACGAGGUGUACAUGGAGGUGAUCGUUGGAGAAGAGGAGGCCCCUGCCAUCCAGGAAGUGCUGGACGACUCCAGCCAUAAGAGCUUUGCCCCUGUAGCCUGGGCUGCAGCCUAUGGUAACGGUCUGGAAUCCAGACUGGAGAACAAAACCAGUGGCGGGGGACACUACCUGAAGAUCAGCGAUAGUCUUAGCACCAGCCGAGCCCUCAAACAGAAGAUCAAGAAGAAGAGGAAGGGAGAAGCCCGGCAGUGUCAGACAGCUGUGAUCAUCGGCCCGGACGGCCAGCCCCUGACCGUAUACCCCUGCCACAUCUGUGGCAAAAAGUUCCGAUCGCGGGGCUUCCUGAAGUGCCACAUGAAAAACCACCCGGACCACAUGCUCAAGAAGAAGUACCAGUGCACCGACUGCGACUUCACCACCAACAAGAAGAUCAACUUCCACAACCACCUGGAGAGCCACAAGCUCACCGUCAAGAACGACCGCGUGCCCGAGUUCACCGAGUUCACCCGGCGCUACUGCGUGGCCAGCCCCCUCAGCCCCAACAAACUCAUCCUGCGCGACAAGGAGCCCAAGAUGCACCGCUGCAAGUACUGCGACUACGAGACGGCCGAGCCGGGCCUGCUCAACCGCCACAUGCUGGCCGUGCACAGCAAGAACUUCCCGCACGUGUGCGUGGAGUGCGCCAAGGGCUUCCGCCACCCGUCCGAGCUCAAGAAGCACAUGAGGACGCACACGGGCGAGAAGCCCUUCCACUGCCGCCACUGCGACUUCCGCUGCGCCGACCAGUCCAACCUGAAGACGCACGUCAAGAGCAAGCACGGCGCCGAGUUGCCGUUCAAGUGCGGCCACUGCCCGCAGGCCUUCCCGGACGAGGAGGAGCUCCAGGGCCACAUGGACGUGCUGCAGGGCCACAAGACGCACCAGUGCCCCAACUGCGAGCACAAGAGCACCAACUCGAGCGACCUGAAGCGCCACGUCAUCUCGGUGCACACCAAGGACUUCCCUCACAAGUGCGACAUGUGCGAGAAGGGCUUCCAUCGGCCGUCGGAGCUCAAGAAGCACGCCGAGACUCACAAGGUGGGCCGGCUGCACCAGUGCCGCCACUGCCAGUUUAAAACCCCCGACCCCUUCACCCUCAGCCGGCACAUACUGUCCGUCCACACCAAAGACUUGCCCUUCAAGUGCAAGCGUUGCCGCCGAGGCUUCAGGCACCAGCUGGAGCUCAAGAAGCACAUGAAAACGCACAGCGGACGCAAGGUCUACCAGUGCCAGUAUUGCGAGUACAGCUCGUCGGACGCGUCGGGUUUCAAGCGGCACGUCAUCUCCAUCCACACCAAGGACUACCCUCACCGCUGCGACUACUGCACCAAGGGUUUCCGCAGGCCGUCAGAAAAGAGCCAGCACAUCGUGAGACAUCACAAGGACAUUUUAAUGUAGAGCUUUAACA